UUGAUCCCCGCGUCAUUGCCCUGGAACGACGACUUUUUUACAAGUCAACUUCAUCGCAAGUUCUAUAUAUGAGUUUCUAGUUAUCAACUAAUCAAGCUAACAAUUCCAGUCAUGGUAGGAGCGCCAAUUUCAGCUUCUGCUAAUCAAGGUUCACAGAAGACGGAUUCGUCUAGUGGUUCAGGAUCGGCUUAUGCAACACCGAAUGCAGCGCUUUCGACUGUGAAACCCUCGGCUCCUUAUGCACCUGCCCCGGCUGGUUACCCGACGACACAAAAUCCGUCUCCUCCUACCCAAGCGAAUCCUACUUAUUCGACCACGCCAACGCCUACAGCACAGCCGUACCAGCAGCCUAAUGCAUCUAUGCCUUAUGCUGCAGCGCCUGCAGCCACACCUUAUGCUGCAAUGCCUCCCUCGAAUAAUCCAGGAGUAGCUCAGUUUCCACAUUAUACGACUCAGCCUCCUGCAUCACAAUACGCGCCUAAUAACCCUCCUAAUCCUGCUUAUCCAUCCCCGUAUCCUCAAAAUUCAGCAUCACUAUACGCGCCUAAUAACCCCCCUCCUCCUAAUCCUGCUUAUCCGUCCUCGUAUCCUCCAAACUCAGCAGCACCAUACGGUCCUCCCAAUCCCACAGCACCGUAUCAGGACCCUAAUGCAGCUGCACAGUAUCCUCCUAAUUCAGCACCGUACCACACUAAUCCUAACGCGCCAGUGCCUUAUCCUCCUAAUCCAGCAGCACCUUACCCCCCUAAUAACACGGCUGCACAAUAUCCUCCAAACUCAGCACCACAGUAUCCUCCAACGCCUUACCCUCGUCCCCCUGAUCAGUCAUCUGCAUAUCCUCCGCAACAACCUUAUAAUCCUGCAGCUCAGGGCUACUCAGCGUACCCCCCUGCUCAGGCCCCGACUCCUUAUCCACCAGUUUCAUCACCGUAUCCACCAAGUCCAUUUCCAGGACUCGCGCCACCACAAGCAUCUGCGCCUCAGAACAAUCCAUUUCCAGGACUCUUUCAACAACCUGCAGGAGUUUAUCCACCACCUCCCGGUGCUUAUCCACCACCGCCAUACUAGCAUGUCCAACUUACAUUUCAAGACCACGAAUGUACUCAUGUCAAAUUCUUUGCAAUGUAACAUCAGUAUUUGAUUUUUCUCAUUACAAUAAAAAGAAAAUUUUUGAAAAUUUGAAUGUUCAAUUUUGAUUGUGAUUAACGGUUGCAUUUGAGCUUUAUGGUACAGCAUAUGUAUUAUGAGAAAAAGAAUAUUUACAUAUUUUUUCCUGC